AAAGUCCAGCUGCCUUGUGAAAAAGUAUCUUUGGGACAACUAUGACCUGGAUGACUGAGAAUCUCCAUAUACAUUUCUCGUAAUGUUUAUCCAUAAAUAUAUCAAACAAUCAAUGGACACCAUAUCCUUCCAUUCCAUUUUUAGGACAGUUUUGAACUAUCUGCCAACCAUUAUGCUCACAUAUUUUAUUUCCACGUUAUAUUCCACUUUUACUGCAUUCAGAAGGCCAGCCUUUAACACUGUAUUAAUGCAUAGCAUUCCAUAUUGUGGGGCACGUCCAUUCACUCUUAUCACAUGCUUUCUCCAAACCCACAAACGUACAAUAACUGUUCUUUCUCACAGUCAGACAUUUCCUAAUAACUAGUUAAAGAGCAAACAUCUGAUCUGCACACCGCUUCUUCUUCCGUGUCUAGGUCAAACUUUAGACUGCCAGAUUGAAGUCACUUUCUUGGUUUUGUUGUUGGCCAAAAUUAAGCCAUUAUCGGUACAUGUCAACAUACCAGCAGAUUGGCCGGGAUUUGCAUCUCUUCACAUUCACACAGCAUAUUGUUACCCGCUAAAAGCCUCCACUUGAGCAUACUGGUUUUACACUUACACACUCCAACUCUUAACCUAUUCAGGGUCCUCCAAGUAGUAAAAGGGAGGCCAGGUCCUUCAGCCAUAUCCUCCUUUAAUGUUAUUCCUUGCUUGAUGCUCUCUUUCCUCCUCCUUUGAAUGCCACUGUCCUGCAUAAAGUCACACUUGACUACCCCAAUUUUAUUCAUUGCUACCUCUCACAUUUGGUGCUAUUUUGACUUUGUGUCCUUGUCUAAGUACAAGGAACUUAAGGCUUAAAAAAUUCAAAACCCUCCUACUACCAAUCCAAAAAUUUUAACUCCCCCCCCCCGCUGCCUUUUAUUCUUCCUAUUUUCUCUAAAAAGAAAGCAAUUUAUUUCCCCUAUCUUCUUUCUCAGCUGCUUCACCUAGUGGUACACAACUGAGUAAAUUUUCAUAGGCAGUAAGCUCAGCCAACCACAUCCAUGUCUUUAUCUUCGCUGACAGAGCUUUAAAGAUCAGCAGGUUGAACACACAUCUUAGGAAGUUCUCAGAAGAGACUUUGAAAAGCCGUGCGAGAGUCUCAAUCCUCAUCCGGGUGAAUGUCAGAAUGGAGAUGUCAAGAGGUAUGGACAUCCAUUCUUGUCUUGGGGAGAACCUCAAUAAUGGAUCUAACCUAUCUUGUGAAUCCACCUGUAGAAUCCAGGAUGGCUUUCUGACGGAGACCCUGCCUGCAAUGUACUCAAUCAUCACCAUCAUUGGUUUCCUUAGCAACCUCCUGGCGCUCUGGGUCUUCACUUUGGGCUCCCUGAAGACAAACUCCAUCACGGUGUACAUGAAGCACCUUGCCAUCGCCGAUCUCUUGCUCUCCCUCUGUUUGCCCUUCCGGGUGGCUUAUCAAAACCACAGUGGUCCCCCCGCUCUGUGCAAGAUGGUAGGCAUGAUCUUCUACAUCACCAUGUACGUCAGCAUUUUGCUUCUCAGCCUGAUCAGCCUAGACCGCUACUUCAAAAUCAUCAAGCCCCUUCAACAAUUCCAAAUCCACACUAAGUCAUUCAGCGCUUCCAUGUCCCUGUUGGUGUGGACGGUCUGCUUCAUCACCAUGCUUUGCUUCCUUUUGGACACUAGUAGAAGUGGGCCCUGUGACCACAAGUGCUUCCAUUUCAAGUACAGAAGCACCAGCGGAGGCAUACUCAAUAUGGUGGCGGUGGCUUUUUUUUUCCUUUUGCUGUUCUUUUUCCUUUAUUCCUACGCUAAGAUCUCCCUCAGGCUCCGUGCGGUCUCUUUGAAGAAAACCCAGCAGCACAGUAAGAGGAUGAACACCAGAAUUGUAAUAAAGACUUUUGUGGUCUUGGUGGUUUUUAUCGUAUGCUUUGUCCCCUACCAUGUGGUCCGAAUACCCUACAUCCUUGUCCAAAUGAGGAUCAUUUCUGAACAGAACAUCCAGGCCCUCCAUCUUGCAAACGAACUGGUCGUUUGCAUUUCAGCCCUCAACGGUUGUUUUGACCCUGUGAUUUUUUUCUUUCUGUCCAGCAGUUUCAAGAGAUCCUUGCUGGACACUACUCUCCGAAAGCUGAAGUGGGUUUCUCAAAAUAACCAGAGAGUAUUGUACGUCAAAUAAUCGAUUACAGACUUCAGGGUAGAGAAGGACUAAGUUGCAUAACUAGGAUAAGCUUCUGAACGUGAGUUCUUCUUGCUAGAUCAGCCGUCUUCAGGAGGGUGAUGACCAGAGGUUGCAAUGACUAAAAGCCCUAGUUAAGGGUUCUUAAUUCAACAAGUCCAGAAGACACCAGGACACAGGAACCUGACUUAGACAUCACUCGGGGAAAAUACUGAUAUAUGUUAAGAGGAGACGCAAGCCGCAAAUAGGGGUUUUAGUCCCUAUUGAGGAUGUGUUACAUUUGAUUUUCUUUUUCUGAGGAAACCACGGACAAAGCAAAAAAGAGGAUGAAUUUUAAAAACAAUUUGUGAAAGAAAAACUAACAAAACUGAGCAGAAAACUGAGCGUGUUGCUUUUAAAAGUUUGUCAAGCUAUUCUUACUGUCUUAACAUUUUUCUUUAUAUUUGAGCAAAAUUUCCUCUCACUGAUUCUAUUUCUGUCUUCUAAGGAAAAAGGAAACAUCUUCUGCAUAAUAGCUUUUCCGGCACCUUUUAGCAAAAAUAGGAACCAAAGGUUUAGGAAACUGUUGAAACGCAUCAUUAUUUCUGUCUUUGAAGUUUCUACAUAUUCAUCACUAGAUUGUUGGUUGCAAUGAUUUCUUGCAAGUCUUUAUUUGCUUACAGUAACCCUUUAAACGGGAAUGAUAAUUCUUGGAAGACAUUGCUCAAUCACCUCUAGGAAUGAAACAAAAUCUUCCAAGAAUUAUUGUGAGUUUGAAUAGAAUUGGGUAUUUCUAAAUGUCAGAUUUGGGGAUUACUAAAAAAAAGGGAAAAGCUUCUGUUGCUAAACGUUACACAUUCCAUGGAUGGUGCCAUGACCAUUAUCAUUUCUAAAAAAAAAAAACAAUAUUUAAAAUUGGUUUAAAAUAUUGUUUUAUUUAAAGAAUUUGGAGAAAUUGAGGGGCAGGGCAGCUUUUACUGGAGAGCAAUUACAUUUGACUUUUUGGCUUUUUCAAAACAAAGAUCAGAAUAGACUUGCAGUGAUUCUUGAGGCUUAAAAGAGGCAGGCAGCUAAAAUUUGUAGUGCAACGUCUUUUGCAGUGAACUAGCAAAGGAGAGAUGUGGUGAGAUAUAUCACAUUACAAAAUCUACCACAUACAAUUAUAACUGCAAAAAGCUACCUUUUUUUUUUUUUUGCUCUGCACUGACUGAUGUUCAGAAAAACAUUUAACAAGAAAAUUCUUACUAUGGCAAUGCAAGGUGUUCUGCUCGCUAUUUCUUUCAUUUAAUUUAAUCCAGGUCAGGCUACUUUUAUUUUAAUGUGGAUUAUGUGGUGGAAUAGAGUCUGGAUUCCCAGGAGGGAGGGGCUGCAUUCCAGAGGACCAAGAGACAACAAAGUUUAAAUAGUUUGCUUGGGAGAAAGUUAAAACAGUUCCUCCCUAGAGGUUCUUGGAGUAUAUCUUUAAUGAUGCAAGUAGUUUGCUUAAGUUUGGCAAGAUUUCUGUGUAUAGGCGAGGAAAAAUAAAGAGAACUAUUUGGAAGUGGUUCAGUUUCUUUCUUAGUUUUCGAGCCUGACAGAUGAAAGAACAUCUUUAAAAAAAAAAAUAGCCAGAGAAAUUCAACUGUAAGACUUUUUGGAAAAUGGACCUAAUUUUCUAUUAUUGUAACUUAGAUAGGUUGUCCUCGAAUCACAGCCCCAUUGAGCCUGACUUUUCUGUUGCCCAGUGAAUUUUGCCCCAUUUUACGACGUUUCUUGCCACAGUUGUUAAGUGGUUCACUGCAGUUAAGUUAGGCAACAACAGUUGUGAAGUGAAUCUGGCUUCUCCC